AUGACUGCUGCACAGGUCCUACAAAAGCAACUGUUUGAUGCACACGAACCAAAUUUACUAGAUGAAAAUGAUAUGCAUAUAUUUGGAUCAAAACCGAUGGCCGACCCAUUGGACUUGGUCUGCUGUAGUACUUGCAAGAAGCCAGUCAAAGCCAGCCAAUAUGCAGUUCAUACAGAGCAAUGUAGCUCAGGGAAGGUAAACACAAAUGAUUCAGUGGGUGUAGAUCAUACCAGUCCUACAAAGCCCCUGAAGAAGGGCAGAAAAAUAAAGUUGAUAAGUAAUGGAAAUCAAAAAGUGCACAUAAAAGUGAAAGCAAGAUCUCAACCUGAAAGCAAGAACGUUGCCAAUAGUUUCGAGUUGGACAAUGGGCAUGCCACUAAAGUACAACCUAUAGAUUCCACAGAUGCGCCAGUUCCUCUUGCAACAAAAAUGUAUCAUUCACAGGGCAACUACCGUCUUCGAAUGGAGCUUGGCCAGCUUUAUCGCGAAUCAUGUGUGCAGCAUUUGAGCGGCCACACAACUCCAAACGUGUCACAUGAGAAUGGAUUGAUGGCGUCACGGUUUUCUCCAUGCGGCAACUCAGCAUUACCUGCUUCUCAGAAGAGCCUUGUUCCUCAAACAAAGCCUCUUGUGAGCACAUCUGAGUCGUGCUCAGGAAUCCCUCAGCAAUUAGCAGCAAGCGGGCCUAACCAUUCACAAGGAAUCAAAACUGAGAGAGCAAGUACACAAGCAUCUGCAAUUAAAAAUGAAGGUUCACGAUCCAGAGGCAAUAAAGCUACUGUUCCCCACUCGAGAAACAAAGGUUCGUCGGUCGGCUAUUGGUACAAGAAGCUAACAGCACUAGUUGUAGCACUGAUGAUGAAGUUACCUGUAAAUACGGCCGCAAAGGCCUUCGCUUCUUCCUGCCCCCUCCUGCUGCGGAAAGUUGUGAACCUAAUGAACAUUUUGAAUAUGCCCCUCAUCUUUUGGGCAUCGAGUUUUAGUUGA